AUGGCUGCGCCCACGAUGGGACCCUGCCAAAUACCAGUUUCGGCGGUCUUCGAAUUCUUCAGCGGUGACUCGCAGUAUAGAAGCUCGAUAUUCAGUCGAGGUAUCCUCAAUGUCGCUCUCAUCAGGCCCUCCCAAGUUUCGAGUAGCAAUCUGGCACAGGAGGGCUUUUUUACUAUUGGGAAGUUUGCAGGGCGCGAUAUUCACAUAGACUUAUACGAAGCGCAUGAUGCCAUUACAGCCGCUGGGGCUGGUAUUACAGUCGCGCGACGCACGGCGGAGGUCAUGGUGGAACUCGGCUUGUAUGAAAAAAUCUCUCGUAUUUCAGCAUCGCCCCCUUCUUCCAGCUAUGGUCCAAGAUUGAGGAAGUCUAAUGCCCAAAAUGGUGGUUUGAGUGGUUUCAUUAUACCUGUUAAGCAGGGAUUCAAUAUGCAUCGGCAGGAUCUUGUCGAUAUUCUCAAGCAAAGCAUUCCGUCAUCAUGUACUAUCCACUUUAAUAAACGGCUUACGGAAUAUGAAAAGCAGUCACCAGGAUCGCUCGCCCUCUAUUUCGCUGAUGACAGCACCUCGACCACCGACGUAUUAGUAGGGGCAGACGGCAUCCACUCCCCAGUGCGGAAGACAUUUUUCGAAACAAUAGGCCCAGACACCAUAGACCCAAGCAAGAUAAGGCACUGCAGUGAUCCAUUUUGGACUGGAACGCUUGUCUAUCGCGGCAUCUUUCCAACGGAGAAGCUUUCGAAAUUGGAUCCAAACAAUCUAACUUUGAAGGAUUCAUUUUGCGGGAAGGGAAAGCAUGUUUCUGAUGAGCAGAAAACUGGCAUACCUUUUGAGGGCCAUUGGGUUUCGGCUGUAUCCCUAGAAGAAGUUGUGGAGGCAUAUAAGGACUUCCGAGUCCGAUGCUAA